ACUUGCCAGUUCGAAACAGAGACAAACUUGUUACCACGGCGAAGGACAGAUAUGUGAGCAAUUUUAAGGAUGUGAACAAUGUUGACCCUCACGAGCAAGCCGAACACAAAUGGAAUAAAGAUGUCGACAAGCUUCCACCACUACGCGAAAUGGACAUCAUGCUGUAUUUAGUGUUUGGUAUAUGUUACAACACUCAUCAGCAAUUCCGAAACUACAAAUCGCUACAAAGCUACGAACAGUUUUGCUGCGGAUGGGUGCAGGAUCUUCACUUUAUGACCAUAGCAAACGGCAACACCAUCUUUCUAGCAAAGGUAGGCAAUGUGUGUUUACAUUAGUCUGUGACCACGGAUGUACAAAUCUUUUGCUGCAUAAAAUGUAGCCUGUGUACAAAUUCUUUGCCACUCUCUCACGUCAAAAUAUUACAGCUUUUUCAUUUAGCAACGACAGGAAUUAUGUCUUAUGAAGACAAUGCACAUGUAUGCAUGCUAGUUGUUUAGCUGUAGCAAUAGCUAACAACAGGCCGACUUAGGGCGUAAAGUUACUGAAAUUUGCGUAAACAAACGAAAUUAACUUACCGGAGGGGAAGUGCAUAGAGCAAACUCAGUGUGUAGGAGAAUCAAACGUUAUGCCCUUCCUUCUGAUCGAGGCCACCCAUGCCAUUCUUCGACGUUUGAUGCCUCAAACUACUACUGACUGAAGGCCAACGCAAUCCCAAGCAUCAAGUCAAAGGGUAGACAUGGAAAAUGAGGCGAGGAAACCCAGGUCACGACGAACAACUAAAAAACAAAAGAAAAUGAGGUGUCCCACAGAUGUCAGUGUAGAGGAUCUUCACCAUGAGAAGCACGAUCCCCUCCACGUUAAGCAGCAAGAGGACUCCAAGAUGCCGUACAUAAAACAGGAGGCAGAGCCAGAGACCCCCGACAUGAAAGAAGAAGACCAGGAAGUUGAAAUCCCCAAGUUUCCAAUGGGUGUCGGUGUGAAGAGCGAAGAAGACGAAGGACCAAGCGAAGAGAGCGGAGCAGCGGACCCUUUGAGUGACAGCUCAUUUCAGCAUGUGACAACAAAAGGAGAGCAACCGGACAGCAUCAUAGCGCCGCUUUCGGACAGCGACGACAUAACGUCACAUUCUUCUGACUUUAAUACUGAUGAGGAGGAGGAAGCAUUUGACCAAAAUGCUUCAAAAUCUUCAAACAAGUCAUCAUUGAAAAGAGACACACAGCAAUGUGCGGUUGGGAAACCAUUCACCUGUACACUUUGUGGUAAAAGAUUUUCUCGUAAAACUAAUUUAGAAAGACAUAAGUCCACACACACUGGAGAGAAGCCUUUUGCCUGCACACUUUGCGGUAAAAGAUUCACCGAGAAGGGAGUUUUAAACAAACAUACACGCACACACACUGGAGAGAAGCCUAAUCCCUGCUCACUUUGUGAUAAAAAGUUCUUCACAAAGGCUCAUUUAAACAUUCACACAAGAACACAUACUGGAGAGAAGCCUUUUGCCUGCACACUUUGUGGUAAAAGAUUCAUCGAGAAGGGACGUUUAAACAGACAUACCAGAAACCACACUGGAGAGAAGCCUUUCGCCUGCACACUUUGUGGUAAAAGAUUCACUCAGAAGACGGAUUUAGAAAGGCAUAAGCGUACACACACUGGAGAAAAGCCUUUUAUCUGCUCACUUUGUGGUAAAAGAUUCACUGAGAAGGCUGAUUUAGAAAGGCAUAAGCGUACACACACUGGAGAAAAGCCUUUUGCCUGCACAUCUUGCGGUAAAAGAUUCUUCGAUAAGAGAGGUUUAAACAGACACACAAACAGACACACUGAAGAGAAGCCUUUCGCCUGCACACUUUGUGGUAAAAGAUUCACUCAAAAGACUCAUUUACAAAGACAUAAGCGUACACACACCGAAGAGAAACCUUUUGCCUGCACACUGUGCGGUAAAAGAUUCACCGAGAAGGGAGUUUUAAACAAACACAAAAGCACGCACACUGGAGAGAAGCCGAAUGCCUGCACACUUUGUGAUAAAAAGUUCUUCACGAAGGCCAAUUUAAACAUUCACAAAAGAACACACACUGGAGAGAAGCCUUUCGCCUGCACACUUUGCGAUAAAAGAUUUUCUCAGAAGACUCAUUUAAAAAUACAUAAGCGCACACACACUGGAGAAAAGCCUUUUGCAUGCUCACUUUGUGGUAAACGAUUCGCUCAGAAAGGAAAUUUAGUAAUGCACGCAAGAAACCACACUGAGUAAAAACCUUUGAAUUCUAGCGUGUGACAAAAUAUUUUGAUUCCUGCAUUUAAAGUGGAAAAGGCAUUUCAAUUUCAUUAUUCAGUUUUCCAUGAGCCUCUUUUGAAAGUUGUUGAAAUGAUUUUUCAGGUGCUGUUUUUUUUUUUGUUUUUAAAUAACUAUCCAAUACACAGGGCUGUCAACAGACUUGCUGGGGCACGGGGACAAGAGACCAUAAUAGGGCCCCAACCCCACCCCUGCCACCGGCUUGUCACGACAACAUAUGCAGUACUUUUAACGCUUUGCAAGCAAUGACAGUGUAAUAUUUUUAAUUAUUUAAUUUGAGAUGGACAGUAAAUUUAA